AAUGAAUCGAAAGAUUCAUGUUUGGUUCGGGAAGAGAUCAUGGAAGUUUUGAAAUUAAUGAUAAGAUAAUCUACUUUCAUUAAAUGAUUUAUUAGAUAAUCGAAAACAGAGGAUUUUGAAUACUAUUCGAAAUUCGGAAGAAUUACGUAAAGGGGCCAUUGAGCAGCUCGAAAGAGCCCGGGCUCGCUUACGUAAAGUGGAAAUGGAAGCAGAUGAGUAUCGAAUGAAUGGAUACUCUGAAAUAGAACGAGAAAAACAAAAUUUGAUUAAUGCCACUAGUAAUAGUUUGGAACAAUUAGAAAAUUACAAAAAUGAAACCCUUCAGUUUGAACAACAAAGAGCGAUUAAUCAGGUCCGACAACGAGUUUUCCAACAAGCCUUACAAGGAGCUCUAGGAACUCUGAAUAGUUGCUUGAAUAGCGAGUUACAUUUCCGUACGAUCCGUGCUAAUAUUGGCAUUCUCGGGGCCAUGCAAGAAAUAACUGAUUAGCCCUUCUUUUUUUAGUUAUAGUUUAGGCAUUAUUUUUAUCUUUUCCUUCCUAAAAAGAAUAAAGAAACACUAAUGGUAACCCUUCGAGCCGACGAAAUUAGUAAUAUUAUUCGUGAGCGUAUUGAACAAUAUAGUAGAGAAAUAAAGAUUGUGAAUACCGGUACCGUACUUCAAGUAGGCGACGGAAUUGCUCGUGUUCAUGGUCUUGAUGAAGUAAUGGCAGGUGAAUUAGUAGAGUUUCAAGAGGGUACAAUAGGCAUUGCUCUGAAUUUGGAAUCAAAUAAUGUUGGCGUUGUAUUAAUGGGUGAUGGUUUGAUGAUACAAGAGGGAAGUUCCGUAAAAGCAACAGGACGAAUUGCUCAGAUACCUGUGAGUGAGGGUUAUUUGGGUCGUGUUAUAAAUGCUCUGGCUAAACCUAUUGAUGGGAGAGGUGAAAUUUCAGCUUCUGAAUCUCGGUUAAUUGAAUCUCCUGCCCCAGGUAUUAUUUCUAGACGUUCUGUAUAUGAGCCUCUUCAAACGGGGCUUAUUGCCAUUGAUUCGAUGAUCCCUAUAGGACGCGGUCAGCGAGAAUUAAUUAUUGGGGACAGACAGACCGGCAAAACAGCCGUAGCCACAGAUACGAUUCUCAAUCAAAAAGGUCAAAAUGUAAUAUGUGUUUAUGUAGCUAUUGGUCAAAAAGCAUCUUCUGUGGCUCAGGUAGUGACUACUUUCCGGGAAAAGGGGGCGAUGGAAUAUACUAUUGUGGUAGCCGAAACGGCGGAUUCACCUGCUACAUUACAAUACCUCGCUCCUUAUACGGGAGCGGCUCUGGCUGAGUUUUUUAUGUAUCGUGGACAACAUACUUUAAUAAUUUAUGAUGAUCUCUCCAAACAGGCACAAGCUUAUCGCCAAAUGUCUCUUCUAUUAAGAAGACCUCCCGGUCGUGAAGCUUAUCCAGGAGAUGUUUUUUAUUUGCAUUCACGACUUUUGGAAAGAGCCGCUAAAUCAAAUUCUAGUUUAGGUGAAGGAAGUAUGACCGCUUUACCGAUAGUUGAGACUCAAUCUGGAGACGUUUCAGCUUAUAUUCCUACUAAUGUAAUUUCCAUUACAGAUGGACAAAUAUUCUUAUCUGCCGAUCUAUUCAAUGCUGGAAUCCGACCUGCUAUUAAUGUGGGUAUUUCCGUUUCCAGAGUAGGAUCCGCAGCUCAAAUUAAAGCCAUGAAACAAGUAGCCGGCAAAUCAAAAUUGGAACUAGCGCAAUUCACAGAGUUAGAAGCCUUUGCACAAUUCGCUUCUGAUCUCGAUAAAGCUACUCAGAAUCAAUUGGCAAGAGGUCAACGAUUACGCGAGUUGCUUAAACAAUCCCAAUCAGACCCUCUCGCAGUGGAAGAACAGAUAGCUACUAUUUAUACCGGAGCGAAUGGAUAUCUUGAUCCGCUAGAAAUUGGACAGGUAAAGAAAUUUCUCAGUCAGUUACGUAGCUACUUAAAAAACAAUAAACCUAAAUUUCAAGAAAUUAUAUCUUCUACCAAGACAUUCACCGAGGAAGUAGAAUUUCUUUUGAAGGAAGCUAUUCAAGAACAGAUCGAACUGUUUUUACUUCAGGAACAAACAUAAAUUUCUUACUUUUAUUCUAUUCUUGGUAUAUUCUAUUCUUAGUACAAGAGUAAUCAUUGAGAAAUAGUUCUGAUUCGAAUGAUUCAAAAAGGGUUUCUUAGUAUAGCCAUUUUUAAAAAGUAUAGCCAUUUUAAAAAUAGAUGGAAAUAAAUUGCGUCCAAUAGGAUUUGAACCUAUACCAAAGGUUUAGAAGACCUCUGUCCUAUCCAUUAGACAAUGGACGCUUUUCAUUCCUAUUUUAUUUUUUUGUAUUCUUACUUUCUUUUGUUCGGAUAAAAAAUCAAAUUACACGGAAAAUAUUUUAGGGAAUAAAAAAGAAUGCAUAUCUAAAUUGAUGGUGCAUGUAUGUAUAAUACAUAAUAAGAUGUAUAAUACAUAACAUAAUAAGAUGUAUAAUACAUAAUAAGAAAUAUGGAGCGGGUAGCGGGAAUCGAACCCGCAUCGUUAGCUUGGAAGGCUAGGGGUUAUAGUCGACGUUGCUUGAUCACUUUUAACGUCUCUAAUUCAAAACCGAACGUGAAAUUUUGAUUUCAUUCGGCUCCUUUAUGGAAGAUUGAUGUAUUCCUAGAGAAAAUUAGAUCCAUAACAUCUAUGUCAGCCUUUCUGUCUGAAUGUAUCCCAAACUACUCGCUUACUAGAUGAUCCCUCUAGAGGAGAGGGAUUAUACCAAAUCCGUCUAGUCUAGUUACUUCGUUCCCUAUUUCCACUCGCAGGAUCCCGAGGAAAAGAAUUUGGUUUCCACCGAGCUGAAACAAUAUGCUGAUGGUUCUAGUAAACCAAAACCACCCUUUUCUAGCUUGUUUGGCUUCAAUUUCCCUUUUACAACACCAAAAUUUAAGAUCUAGUUACGAUUGGAAAUAAACUUUUGUAUCUUCAUCCAUAGAUCCUUUAUUCAUACUCAUUCGAUUGGAAGAAUUGAUCCAAUUCAAAAAAAAUUAUGUUUCACGACUCCAUAUACAUAAUCCAAUUUUCUUAUUCAAUUUCGAAAAUAGAAUUUCUAAUUGGACUUUGGAUACAAAUCGUGAGAAUGUAUGUUCUUCCUCAAAUAUGCUAUUGAGAGGUAAAGGAUUAAACCCUUUUAAGAAAUAAAGUUUUUGAUCGGAGUAUGCAAAAAACCGAGAGACCCCUUAACUUUUUAAGUUGUUAAUAGAACGAAUCACACUUUUACCACUAAACUAUACCCGCUACAUAUA